AGCCAAAUUCUAUACCCUUAAGAUUUUGUGAGUAGUUCUUUCUCCUUUUGGUUGAAGAAAUGGUCUGCUAUAGUGGAAUAAGAUUGAAAAAAAGUUCAAGUUUAUAUAUUUUUUUUCAUGGGCAUUUUUCUCAUGUUUGAUUAUUACAAUUGAAAAAAGAUUGACUUGUUUUGAAUGUCAUUGUCUUUAAUCUCUGACUUUGUUUUUUUCUUCUUCAAAAUUUUAUUUAUUUAGAAAUAUGAUUAUUUGUUGUCAUUUGAAACAAAAAUGACAUCUCAUUUUUUUUUGCUAAUCAUUUUGCCAUUUACAUUCAUUAUCUAAUCUUUCCUUUUUAAACACAAGAAAUUUAGUCUUCUCUUAUCAAAAUUCAACUUUUGUAAUUCUAGCCGUUAGACUAAGGAGGCUUAUAAUCUAUAUAUAAAUUAUACCUUGUAAAUCAAAUCAAAGUAGAUUCUCAAAUCUUUCAUUAGAUUUUUUUCAAAAAAAGAUUUUGGCUACAAUAACAUAUUAUAUCUUAGCAUAGAUUUGUUUAUAAAUAUGAGUUCAUCAUCAUCUCAUCAUACUCGUUGUGCUGCUUGUAAGUACUUGAGAAAAAGUUGCCCUUCAGAUUGCAUUUUCUCUCCAUAUUUUCCUUCCAACAAUCCUCAACGAUUCUCUUUCGUUCAUAAAAUUUUCGGGGCCAGCAAUGUCGGAAAAAUGCUCAAGCAAUUACCGGUAGAACUGCGCGGUGAAGCAGCGGAUGCUAUGCAUUUCGAGGCGACAUGUAGAAUGGAGAAUCGAGUUUACGGAUGUGUUAGGAUUAUUUCUCAGUUACAACAACAAAUACAAAAUGUUGAGAUUGAAUUGGCUAUGACAAGAGCUGAGAUUGCCUUGUUUUCUUCAACUUCUUCUUGUUCUUCUAAUCCUAAUCCUAAUAGCUUCACACAAUCACAACAAAAUGAUGAGAGUGUUAUUGGACAGUAUGAUCAUCAUUUCUUCAAUUUUUAAUUGCCAUAUUAAGUUCUAGUAAUGCACCUUUUACCAUUUGUAAUUUGUUUAUAAUAAAGUUGCUUUUAUUUAUAUAAAUAUGUGUAUCAAAAUGGUGUUUUUAGAUGAGAAAGCAAUAUUGUUUAGAAUAUUUUUUUAUU